AUGGCUUUUCAUAAAAAGGCUAAGCUAGCUCCAAAAUACUUUGGUCCAUAUCAGAUUACACAAAAAGUAGGACCAGUUGCUUACAAACUGGAUUUACCUCCUUCUAAGAUUCAUCCGGUGUUUCUUGUCGCAUUGUUCAAAAAGAAGUUAGGCAAUGGAGUGGUAGUUCAAUCAGAGCUGCCCUUUACUGGGGAAGAUGGUCAAUUGCAGUUGGAACCCGUCGCUAUCUUGGACAGGAAAUUGGUUAAUAGGAACAAUCGAGCACACACUCUGGUUUUGGUUCAGUGGUCCAAAUCCAUUCCUGAAAAUGCCACUUAG